CAUGCACAUCUGGGAUGGCAUGAGGGUGAGUAAAUGAUAGAAUUUUCAUUUUUGGGUGAACUAUCCCUUUAACGUGCAAUCAACCACUAAAAGCAGCUAUCAAGCCAUACUCUACAUCAUGUAAUUAUUAAUCGUUGUAGUUUGUUUCUUCUUUGCAUCUGUUUCUUUCUUUAGGGUUGCUUAUUUAUACUUAUUUUGGUGAGGUAAGUUGCUUACACUGGUGUGAUUAUUACAUUUUACUUACCUGCAAAGGGCGAUGUUAAUAACAAUAGAUACGUAUAUCUAGAAGCAGUUUUUGUUUUAAAAAACUACAAGAUUGUUCAACAGCAUGCAUCCAUCUCAGAGACUCAAAUUACUUGUUACACGGCUCUCUGGAAUACUCAAUUCUGAUUGGUCAAUCACUGUAUUAAUCAGUCAAAUAUUUCUGAAUAAUGACUUCACAUCUGGCCCCAAACUGAUAUUUAAUUUGUUAUGCAGGUAUUGUGGUUAACUUUCCUAUUGUGCUUCAGUUGUCUCGUAUUACUCUGCAAUCACUUCAAGUAAGCUAAUAAAGUAAUUUCAACUGAAAUCUAUAUUUUAUGUCCAUUUAUUUAUUUAUUUAAGUAGCCUCCGAUUUGCAUCAGGGUUUAUUUUUUGAUAAAGACUAGCUGAUUGUACAUUUUCCGUACAUAAGAAAACAACAAACAAUACUCUCAAAAAACACAAGAAUUCAUAAAAUUUCAUUUCAUACAUGUUUCUCUUUUUGAUUUUCCUUCCUGUAGGCAUAUUCAUCCUUUUUAAAGCCCUGCCUCUACAAUGAGUCUCUAUGAGGAGAGAGAGGAGGGAGGUGCUGCUCAGACACGUAAAGCAGCAUUUCCAGAACCCAGUUGUGUGUCUAUGAUGAGUAAUAUGUCCAUGCCUACUCCCCCUGCAUUGAGUAAUUGCCCAGUGACCGCUGACCCUGUAUUGGAACAUAAUGAUGUGAUCAGACAUGUGUCCCAAGACCUACAGAAGGAUUCUCACCAACCAGUGGAUGAUUUCCUGCAAAGAGUCAAAGACAAACACAAAACCAGCAUGAAGAUCAAGUAUGAGAGCUUAUUUGAAGGAAUUAAACUACAAGAGAAUCAAACUCUCCUGAACAGGAUAUACACACAGCUCUACAUUAUAGAAGGAGAGAGUGAAGGAGUGAAUGAAGAACAUGAGGUUUUACACAUGGAGAAAACACCCAGAACACAACACUCACACAGCACUCCAAUCUACUGCAGUGACAUCUUUGAUCUCUUACCAGAACCAGGAUAUAAGAUGAAGAAAAGAAAGAGGAAAGAAGAAAUAAAGACAGUUCUCACUAAAGGCAUUGCUGGAAUUGGAAAAACAGUCUCUGUGCAGAAGUUCAUUGUGGACUGGGCUGAAGGAAAAGCCAAUCAGGAUGUAGAUUUCAUGUUUGUGCUUCCAUUUCGAGAGCUGAACUUGAUUAAAGAUGACCAGUACAGUCUUCACAAACUUCUGCUUGACUUCCAUGCUGAACUUCAAGAUCUGGACUCAAAGAUUUAUGAUGAGUGUAAAGUUGUGUUCAUCUUUGAUGGUCUGGAUGAAAGCAGAAUUACACUGAAGUUUUCAGACAGUAAGAAAGUUUCUGAUGUGACUGAGACGUCAUCAGUGGGUGUGUUGAUGUCAAACCUCAUCAAAGGACAUCUGCUGCCCUCUGCUCUCAUCUGGAUCACCUCCAGACCAACAGCAGCCAAUCAGAUCCCCUCUGAAUACAUCAACUGUGUGACAGAAAUCCAGGGAUUCAGUGAUCCUCAGAAGGAGGAAUAUUUCAAGAAGAGAAUCAAUGAUGAGCAUCAAGCCAGCACAAUCAUCUCACACAUUAGAAGAGCAAGAAGCCUCCACAUCAUGUGCCACAUACCAGUCUUCUGUUGGAUCUCAGCCACUGUGCUUCAAAACAUCCUGAAACAAGAUCACUGUGAAGAAAUCCCUAAAACUCUAACUGAAAUGUACAUACACUUCCUACUCAUCCAGAUUAACAUGAGGAACCAGAAGUAUGAUGAGAAAGAUGAGAGAGAUGCAGAGAAACUCCUGCAGUCCAACAGAGAAGUGAUUGUGAAGCUUGCUGAACUGGCAUACAAACAGCUGAUGAAGGGCAAUGUCAUGUUCUAUGAGGAGGACCUGAGAGAGAGCGGCAUAGACGUCACUGAUGCCUCAGUGUAUUCUGGGAUUUGCACUGAGAUCUUUAAAGAGGAAUCGGUGAUUAAUAAGAGAAAAGUCUUCUGCUUUAUACAUCUGAGCUUUCAGGAGUUUCUAGCUGCUUUCUUUGUGUUUUACUCAUAUAUAGUAAAUAAUAUGGAAACACUGAAGUUGUUUUUGUGGUACAGUUCUGGGGAAAUCUCUUUGUAUAAGCUACUAAAAGCAGGAGUUAAUAAAUGCCUGGAGAGUGGAAAUGGACACCUGGAUCUUUUCCUUCGAUUUCUGCUGGGCAUCUCACUGGAGUCCAAUCAGAGACUCUUACAGGAUCUACUGACACACACAGAAAACAGUUCAGAGAACAUCACGAAAACAACAGAGUACAUUAAAAACAAAAUAAAAGGUGAUGAACGUCUCUCAGCUGACAGAACCAUCAGUCUGUUCAAGGACUAUAAUAAUCAUCUUUCGGCUGACAGAUGCAUCAAUCUGUUUCUCUGUCUGCUGGAAAUGAAUGAUCAGUCUCUGUACAGGGAGAUUCAGAAGUUUCUGAAAUCAAAGAAACACUUAGAGAAUUAUCUCACUCCUGAACACUGCUCAGCUAUAGCCUACAUGCUUCAGAUGUCAGAAGUGGUGCCGGAUGAACUGGAUCUGAAGAAAUAUAAUACAACAGUUGAAGGUAGAAGGAGACUCAUACCAGCUGUGAUGAACUGCAGAAAAGCUCUUCUUGCUGGCUGUAAUCUCACAGAUCAUUGUUGUGAAACUGUGAGCUCAGCUCUACAAUCCUCAAACUCCCCACUGAGAGAACUGGACCUGAGAAACAAUGACUUGCAGGAUUCAGGAGUGAAUCUGCUCUCUGAUGGACUGAAGAGUCCUCACUGUCAACUGGAGGUACUGAGAUUGACAGGCUGCAAUCUCAAUGAUCAGUUCUGUGAAAGUUUGGCAUCAGUUCUUCAAUCUUCAAACUCCCCACUGAGAGAGCUAGACCUGAGUAACAAUGACCUGCAGAAUUCAGGAGUGAAGCUACUCUCUGAAGCACUGAAGAGUCCAAACUGUCAACUGGAAAUACUGAGAUUAUCUGGCUGUAUGGUGACAGAGGAAGGCUGUAGUUAUGUGGCUUCAGCUCUGAGUUCAAACCCUUCACGUCUGAUAGAGCUGGAUCUGAGCUACAAUCACCCUGGAGAAUCAGGAGUCAAGCUGCUUUCUGAUAGACUCAACAAUCCGAACUGCAGACUGGACAAACUCAAUGUGGAUCAUGGAGGAGAGUUCAGGAUUACAGCAGGACCACAAAAAUAUGCCUGUGAUGUUACACUGGAACCAAACACAGCACACACUCAACUCUCUCUGUCUGAGGACAACAGAAAGGUGACAUAUGUGAAAGAUGAGCAGCAUUAUCCUGAUCAUCCAGAGAGAUUUGAUUACUAUCCUCAGGUUCUGUGUAGAGAGAGUCUGACUGGACGCUGUUACUGGGAGGCUGAAUGGAGUGGAGAAGCUGAUAUAUCAGUGGCAUAUAAAGGAAUCAGCAGGAAAGGAGAGAGUAAUGACUGUUGGUUUGGAUACAAUGGGAAGUCUUGGAAACUGAACUGUUUAAAUAAGUGCUUUACUGCCAGACACAAUAAUAAGAGAACGGCCAUACCUGCCCCUUCACCCCGCUCUAACAGAGUAGGAGUGUAUCUGGACUGGUCAGCUGGAACUCUGUCCUUCUACAGCAUCUCUGACACACACACACUCACACAUAUACACACAUUCCACUCCACAUUCACUGAACCCCUAUAUGCUGGAUUUGGGGUUAAUGGACCCUCUUCACAUUUCCGGGUUUGGAAUGAAACUAUAGAAGGGUAAUCAGUGGUGUAUAGAGGAAAAUGGGAGACUCUGACCUUUAUGAUCUAGGACCUUUUUAUAGUGCAUGCUGUUGGUUGAAGAGAUUGUAAAUCUAUCCCUCACAGUAUCAUUUUCAUUCCUGCCAAAAAUUAAAUAAGUGUAGCCUAUUAAGGUGAAUAAGGUCUGUUAUUCGGAUAGUUCAGUGAAUUUGUGUAGAUGCAACAGGCAGAAAUUUUAGUAUAGUGACAUUCCUAGAAUUAACUGAGAUUUUAAAGGUAUAGUUUACCCAAAAAUGAAAAUUAUCUCAUCAUUUACUGACCCUCAUGCCAUCCCGGAUGUGUAUGACUUUCUUCAGCAAAACACAGAUAAAGAAUAUCUCAGCUCUGUAGGUCCAUACAACGCAAGUGAAUGGUGACCAAAACUUUAAAGCUCCAAAAAUCACUUAAAGGCAGCAUAAAAGUAAUCGAUAAAACUCCAUUAGUUUAAUCCAUGGCUUUUGAAGCGAUCCAGUCAUUUUUGGGUGAGAACAGACCAAAAUGUAACUACUUUUACACUGUACAUCUUGACAUCUGCAGUCUCCUUGGAGUAGUUUUGACUGCACCCAGCAGCUAAACAAUUUGCAUAAAUACAUUUGAUUGAAUAAGAUGUGAUAAAAUGCUCACCUUAAAGUUGCUGGUUCAUGCUUUGAAGAAGAGUGUAACUGAACUAUGCCCAGAUAAUCAAACAGCCUAUCAAAUCUGUAUGAAUUGUGAGGUGUCCAUUUUCAUGAGGAUUUACGCUAGUUCUCUACAUUGCUGAAUCAUAUUAGAGAGGGAAUUCAACUGCAAAAAGAUUUAAAUUUUACGACUCUUCAUUUUCUAAUCCAUAUAGCUCCAAAAGUUGAACACCUAGAAGACUGAAGCCACUCUCAUCUUGACCAGUCUGAUUUGUGAAUUUUUUCACAGCAGUUUGUUUUCCUGUCAACUCUUUUUAAGUCCAUAAGUCGGGAAGGUGAAAAAUAAGUGCUCUUAACAUUUAACGGCUAUUUCCAGUAAACACACAAUCUGGGUUCAUGCAAAUUCACUUGUAUUAUAUAGAACCUGAUUUGUGAAAACUUUCACGAUCACAUUUGGUCACGUUCGAUUGUGUCUUACUGCUCUACCCCAUUGCCUUGUGUAAUAAUAACAAUAUAGGCUGUGCCAAUGGAUAAAUCCAUCAGAGAAAUCAGCUUAUCAUUCUAAAAACUAAGCACCUAGAUGGGUCACAGUAGGCUCAAAUAGGCCUUCAUGAUUUGUGAAUUGUUUCACAUAUCAGUUUUUGUCUCUUAACCCUUUUUUGAGUUCUGUAGUCAACAGUUUACCUGAAAAAUCAGUGUAAUAAGCUUUGAGAGGUCACAUUCUGCAAAAACAUGAUAAUUAUGAUAGAAAAACACUAGUUUCAUACAAAACUGGAUAUGUGAAAACUUUAAAAAAUUGAAUUUACUCAGUUUGAUGGCUUCUUGCAUAUUGGCAUUGUAAAAUACUAAUUUUCUAAGCCAUAAAACCAAUAAACGUCUUAUAAUUCUACAAAAUGAGCACCUAGAUGGGUCACACUAGGCUUAAAUAGACCAUCCUGAUUUGGGCAUUUUUUCACAGAUCAGUUUUAGUCAUUUAACCCCUUUUUUUUUUCUUUUUUUUUUGGGCCUACAGUUUACCUGAAAAAUCAGUGUUAUAAACAUUGAGAGGUCACAUUCUUUAUGAAGGGAAAACAUUAGUUUUACACAAAACUGGAUUUGAAAAAAAAAUUGAUUUGACUCAGUUUGAUGGCUUUGGUUGGUUGUUGACAAAUAAAAUUUUGAUAUGGAUGAUACAGUAUGUCAACUAGCUAGUCAUUUUAUUUAACCCUUGUGCAGUGUUUGGGUAAUUUUUGACCCAUUUUGUUUUGGUUUCUUUAGUAAAAAUGGUUUCAUUCAUCUCAGUGGGCCAAGGCUUGGUUACUUUUUGCCAUCUGAACUCACAAAAAAAAUUGGACUGGAUUUGAUGAGUUUAGCCCCCGUGACAAAAAGGUAACACCCGUGGUGUUCCGGGUCAUUUUUGGCCCCCCAUAGGAAAUGAAUGGGAAAGACUAAAACACAGAGCAAUUAUCACACUAAGCCUAUAAUGCUGAUUUCUCAGGUAAACUGUUGACUCAAGAACUCAAAAA